UCGUCACAAACGCAACUAUUCCCAGGCCAUCCCAUUUCCAAUCCUCCCACCCUUCCUCUCUCUCCCCCGCCCCUCGCCGUCGCCGGAGAGAGAGAGAGGGACGCGGCCGCGGGAGAAGAAGGAGGGAAGAUGAUGAUGACACGGGCCUCCAUGGGGGCCAUGGAGGGCGCGGCGCUGGACGAGGUGGUGCGGCGAUUGGUCGAGGGCGGCCGCGGCGGGCGGCAGGUGCAGCUGUCCGAGGCGGAGAUCCGGCAGCUCUGCGUCGACGCCAAGCGGGUUUUCCUGUCCCAGCCCAACCUCCUCCGCAUCCAGGCCCCCGUCAAGAUCUGCGGUGAUAUCCAUGGUCAGUUUGUUGAUCUUCUAAGGUUGUUUGAUUUGGGUGGUUAUCCUCCAACCUCAACCUAUGUAUUCCUCGGAGACUACGUAGAUAGAGGCAAACAGAGCUUGGAAACUAUAUGCUUACUGCUGGCAUACAAAAUAAGGUACCCUGACAAGGUUUUCCUGUUAAGGGGGAACCAUGAAGAUGCAAAAAUCAACAGAGUUUAUGGUUUCUAUGAUGAAUGCAAGAGGAGGUUCAAUGUUCGACUGUGGAAGAUAUUCUCUGAUUGCUUCAACUGCCUGCCUAUUGCAGCACUCAUUGACGACAAGAUACUGUGCAUGCAUGGUGGCCUUUCACCUGAACUGACUAACCUGGACCAAAUAAAGGAUAUUGAGAGGCCGGCUGAGAUUCCUGAUUAUGGUCUCCUGUGUGAUUUGCUUUGGUCUGAUCCUAGCCCUGACGGAGAAGGGUGGGGGGAGAGUGACAGAGGUGUUUCAUGUACGUUUGGUGCAGAUAUGCUUAUAGAGUUUUUGGAAAAAAAUGAUCUUGAUCUUAUCUGCCGAGCCCAUCAGGUGGUAGAAGAUGGUUACGAGUUCUUUGCACAGCGGAGAUUAGUCACAAUCUUCUCAGCUCCAAAUUAUUGUGGGGAAUUCGAUAAUGUAGGUGCUCUGUUGAGCAUAGAUGAAAAUCUAAUGUGCUCAUUUCAAAUCUUGAAGCCAAAUGAAACAGGCACACCGCGUGUGAAAAGACAAAUCCCAAAUAAGCCAGCAAUUGGGGGAAGUGCCUGAUCUGAUAAACAUCCAAUUCCUUCAAUAUUACCAUCGUCAGCUCGAAGGGGGUGAUCUGAUCUAUUGUUUGGAUCCACCAGGGCAUGGCAAUAUUCAUCCACCAGCCAAUUGUCUUGCUUAACCACCCUUAGUUGCCGAGCAUUUGUAAAUGUCCAUUGGCUCUGCACUUGUUUUCUCUGUACAGAAUUAGGCCGGAUUUAACAGCACCACCUAUUCUGGUUGUUCUUGCUUGCGCGGCAUCUGUUUUUGUAAGUUACUUUUGUGGUACAUUUUUGCCUGUGGAUGUUGAUAGCUUCUGUUUGUGAGCAUCUAUUAUUUGCCCUAUGUUUGUGA